AGUGGGCCAGGCUGUAUGCCGAAGCAGCAGGACACCCAGGGGCCCCGGCAAGAGGACUCCAUUUCCCAGAAUGCCUUGUCCUACCUCCUCGCAAGUUCUGGCCCCUCCCUCUUUGGAGGACUCCAUUUCCCAGAAUACCUGUUUCCUGUCUUUGUCCUCUUCUUGGCUUCUCCCCUUCCUACAGCUUCAAGGCGCACACAGAGGAAGUCUCUCCCCUCGGGGCUGCCACCCUCGGAAGCACCCCAGGGUGGCCUCGCAGCCAGAGGAAUGGCCCCCUGGACCCCGAGGCCCCCCUCCCAGGGGUCAGUAGCAUUCCAGGAUGUGGCUGUGGACUUCACCCAGGAGGAGUGGCGCCUGUUGGAUCAUUCUCAGAAAGAGCUGUACAGGGAGGUCAUGCUGGAGAAUGUGCAGAAUCUACUCUCUGUGGCAAGGGAAAGCACCAUGGCUACUAGAGCAAAAAGACCUAAGGAGCUCCUGUCCAGAGGCAGAGACUAAUUUUGAGAUGAAGGAGAUGUUUACA